AUGGGUUGUUGCUCCAAACCCAAGACGAAAUGGGUCUGCACCGAUUUUAAGAUCACUCUAAUUUCAGCUACAGAUCUUAAAGGUCGAAAAUUUUCGACGACGAAAGUUUAUGCAGGUGUUUCAAUCUGUGGUGGGGCGGAGAAGCAAACUCCGGUGGACACGGAGAACGGGACCAACCCUACUCUGAAUUUCAACGCCAUAUGGCCCAUAGAUGACUCCGAUGUCCAACAUUAUUGCUCCAGGGUUGUCAUCAAGUUAUACUGGAAACGGCGGUUUUUUGGUGACCGAUGUAUCGGUCAGGUUGAUGUGCCGCUGAAGGAUCUCAGAGAUAGAGCGCCUAAACCCUAUGUGGAAUACCAUGUGAGUAGAGGUUCAAAAGUUAAACAGGGAACGCUGAAAUUUUCAUACGACUUCGGGGUUAUCAGGGAUACUGAUGAAAAGCCUUCUUAUAGCUUGAUCAAGAGAGCAUUCGACGGAGUUAUUGCAAUUGUUAGUGUCAUUACUUGCUCUGCCGCGUUGGAUGGCUAG